AUGAAAUUUGGUAUUGAAAUGACAGAUAAACAAUUGGAUGAAUGGUGCUAUACCAUCUAUAGGAAAGUGGUGAUAGGGUGGCAAUUGGAUGGUAUUGAUUUGGAUUUUGAAUCGACAAAUCAGUUUGAUUACGAUAUGAAUACACAAAACUAUAAUUUUCAAUCUAUUGCAAAUUCUAGACGAUUGAUUCAUGGUCUAUCAAGAUAUUUUGAUCGGUCAUCUCAUAGUGGUAAAACUAUGUCCAUUGUCACGGGUCGACCAUUAUUAGAAAUCUACAAAUAUACGUAUUAUCUUUUUGAUUACACCAUCCUUAUGUGUUACAAUUGGAAAUUAAAACAUUUAAAACAUAACUAUGCUCAAUAUAGUAGAUAUACACCAUCGCAUAGAAGUAUAUUAGAUUUUUCAUUAGAAUAUGAUUUUAGUCGCCAUUACUAUACUUAUGAACAUACGCCACGAUGA